ACCCCGGCGUGUAUUUACCAAUAGCGCUGCGAAAUCAUCUCAAGGAAGAACUCGAGAAGCUUCAAAAGGAUGGAAUUUUGACCAGGGAGUACAAUCACACAGAAUGGUCAAUCAAUUCAACGACGUAUCGCUUAUGCUGUUGAAUGAAGAUCGUUUGAAACGAAUGGGGCUGAAGGAAGGACCAACACUCUUGGUUCUGGAUGUUAUAGAACGGUCGAAAAUGAAAAAUGUGUUGGCUCCAUCUAAUUUGGAUAAUAUAAUAAGAAAUGAAUCAUCAAAAAUUCGAAAAUUAUUGGAAGCAAAUUCCAAAUUUGCUCAAACAGUUUUGUAUAAGAAGCUUGACAAGGGACUGGAGCUCGAUAGGAAGGAAAGGUGCGAGAUGAUCCGGCUCCUAUGUUCGGAGUGGAGCGAUAGAGUGUUUUCGAAAAGCUAUCCAUCUACAACUGAGCAGCAAAAAUUGGCUCGUGAUAUAAUCGAUACUUUUCCGUAUUUAGCCAAGUCGGAACAUAGCAACGAGGCGGCAUUUUUUAAUAAGAAUAGUGGCAAAGGCCCCAAUCAUCCUCACAGUGGAAUAAUUUAUAACCACUUCAGGAACUUAUGCCACAAGGUCCCAUCAGAAAAGAAAAAAUUUAAACGAUCCAACAAAACGGAAAUUAUGAUAACGGAUGAAAUUCUUGAAACUGCGGAGUUUUUAAAAAAAAUGGAAGCAACAUCCGACAAUUAUACCUAUAUUACCGAAUAUAUUGUCAAAUGCCUCCCACUGUUUCUUACAAUGCUUAAACAUAAGAAAUCGCCGAGAAAUAUUAUCGACACAUUCCCACACUUGACUGGAUACAAUGGCGAUAUUAUUAUUCUCUUGUUUGAGCAGAUCAAACCGAACUUCAACAAACAUGCGAAUUUCAAUAGCAUGUGCUCCAAGGGACUCCUGUUCAAAACGACCAGUUUUUGUCGCGUUGAGGAUGAUAAUCUCAAGGGAUUACUCCGUAUAUGGAUGCAGUUAAACUGUCAGGGACUUGAGCGUAAAUCUGAAGAAGGUGACGCGGAGGAGCAACUGGCCAGUGCUCUAAUAAAAUGGAUUGGAGAAGACGACACGGAUCUACGAGAUUACCUGGCACAGUCUGAGGUCAACUACAUUAGGAAUAACACCUACCCUUCUGGGCACAUCUUGUGCCAAGGAAGACCAUUUUGUUUGGGAAUUUACUCCGUUUACAUAAGCGGAAUAAUAAUUAGAACCAACGGAAAUUUUUUGAAGGCCUUAGAAGUAAAAUCGCACCACGUUUUAGGGACCAAGCCGUCAAGCCAAUUAGCAAAGCUGCUUGAAUUUAUAGAUUUUCAUUGUUUAAAAAUUGUUAACACCAGCUCUAGAAACGGUGUAAUUAAAUUAGUACAAGCAUUUGACGAGGCAAAUGCCGCGAUUAACAAAUGUGUAACUGUAUAA